AUGGCUGAUCAUCCCCUUGUUCUGCAGAUACAUCCACCACAACCGCACCUUCAGCGCUCCUCGAGCACGGAGCUGGGUUCAGAACUAGCAAAUUCAUCAUCAACAACGCCACCAGCAAACCCCAUCGCAACAAAUCUUGAACAGUUGGUGUUGCAAAUUGGACAAUCAUCGACAGCGCCACCACAGCAUGAAGAUAUUUUAAACCUCAAGGUAGAAACAGCAACUGAAUGCCAUUUUGUUACACAAUCAAACCCAGCUGUUCAUAAAAUGAAGAUUAAUAAAAACCGAAAACUAAGCACUGCAAGAAGCCUUGCAAACCUUUUACCCACUGGCACAGUUCUUGCCUUCCAAGCCCUCACACCUUCUAUUUCCUACAACGGCCGAUGCCACACGUUCAACCAGUACCUUGUGGCAUUUGUCAUACUAGUUUGUUCUGUCAUAUGUUUUGUGUCAUCCUUCAUUGAUAGCCUGCCAUGGGAAGGCAAAGUAUACUACGGCUUCGCCACAUCCAAGGGUCUUUGUGUUUUGAACGAUGACGAUCACGAGAUUGAUAAAAACGACGACAUUCAGCAGGAGUUGAAUGUUGGGAAAACAACAAUCAGUGACUAA